UCAGAGACUUCAAAUGCUGAACUCCUCCUCCUCCUCCUCCUCCUUCUCAUCAUCAUCAUCAUCAUCAUCAUCUCACAGGACGCAUCUGCAGGCUGAAGGAGCACAGCGAUAAUAAAUCAAAUAGAGAUGUAGGAUAGUUAAGUUAAAGUUGAGUGGAAGUCCCGGGUAGUUUUUUUAAAUAAUCGUUUGGUCAAUUUUCAGUCUUCUUUCAUUGGGUUCAUAAUGGGAUUACGCGUAAACGGCACUGCGCGUUACGCAUUGGCGUGCGUCUAUUUAUUUGUUUUUAUCCUGCAAGCUGCACGAUCACAGAGGACUCCGGGGACGCAACAGGGAAAUGACCAAAGAUCGGCUCUCCGGCAGACGUUACAGUGGUCGCACAACGGCAAGAUCUUUAGUAUUUUGAGCCACGGUUCGGAGUAUCAGCCGCCGAGACGGAGAGGCGCGCAGACGGAGCAAGUGCAGUCGCGACCUGUCACCAUCAUCCGUGAUGAGGCGAGGCAUCAGGACACCCAGAGCCAGCCGGUGGUCCAGCAGCAGCAGCCGCAGCAGCAGCAGCAGCCGGUGUCCGGUCCCCGCAGCCUCCCGCCGCCGCUCCAGAGGCUCGUCAGAGGACACGAACACCGGCAGCAUCACCAUGAACGACCCGGGACGCAGAGGAGUCGCAGAGUCAACGACACCCAGGAGAAGCUCACCGUCAGUCCGCCUCCGCCCAGGAGAGAAGACAUGAUGGUCGGAGAUGAUCCGUACGACCCCUACAAGUCCAUCGACAGUGAUAAUCCCUAUUACAACUACUAUGAUGUUUACGAGAGACCGAGACCGAGACCGAGACCCGGAUAUGGCACCAGCUACCACCAGUACGGCCUUCCUGAUCUGGUUCCAGACCCCUACUACAUCCAGGCCUCUGCCUACGCCCAGAGUGUCCCGAUGUACAACCUGAGAUGUGCAGCUGAGGAGAACUGUUUGUCAAGCUCAGCAUACAGAGCGAAUGUGAGAGAGUACGACACCCGAAUGCUGCUGAGGUUUCCCCAGAGAGUCAAGAACCAGGGGACGGCCGACUUCCUCCCCAGCAGGCCACGCUACUCCUGGGAGUGGCACAGCUGUCACCAACACUUCCACAGCAUGGAUGAGUUCAGCCACUACGACCUGCUGGACGCCACCAGUCAGCGGUCGGUGGCAGAAGGUCAUAAAGCCAGUUUCUGCUUGGAGGACACUUCCUGUGACUACGGAUACUACAGACGAUUUGCCUGCACUGCACAUACUCAGGGCCUGAGCCCAGGAUGUUAUGAUACCUACAACGCAGACAUCGACUGCCAGUGGAUUGACAUUACAGAUGUGAAACCUGGCAACUACAUCCUCAAGAUCAGCGUAAAUCCGUACUAUCAGGUCCCAGAAAUAGACUACAGCAACAACAACGUGCGCUGUGAUGUCCGCUACACCGGCAACUAUGCCUACGUGUCAGGGUGUCACAUGUCUACAUAUUAAGAAACAACAGUCAUCCACAGCGACUUUGUGGAAAUGACAACGAAGAGGACUGCAUAUGAAAACUGAAGAUUUUGUAAGACAUAAAUUCACUUUGUAAUUUAAAUACUCCCAGUUUAGAAAAAAAACCCAAAAACAAGUAGGAACCAUGUGAUAUUAUAACGCUAGAUAAUGCUGAAUUCUUCUUUGCUUGUGUGGAAAAACUGCUUUUUAUUUCCUUACUGAAACUCAUAUUCUUCUCUCAACUUUUCUUUGCUAUAGUUUUCAUUUCUUACUUCUUAAUUGUACUGUAUGCUUGGAUUUUGUGCCACUUGUAUGACAGUUAAAGAAUAAAAUCAGCGAAGUUUAGGAGAGGCAUGAACAUAUAUCUGCUUCCCUCAAUGUUAAAGCUGGAGUGCGGGACUUUUAUGUAUAAAUGAACAUCAAAUCUGGAGAUCAGAGGAGGGAUUUUAGUCUUGAAAAUUCAUAAGUACACAUCAACACUGUUUGUGUUAUUACUCUCACUGCCAGAAGGGGGAGACAAAAGUUCCACACUGCAGGUUUUACAUCACAAUUUAAGACAGAACCAGUUGUUUAAGCAAAAAUGUAUUUUUCAUAUUUAUAUGCAACAGAUGAAACUCUCUAUGAAAAAACAUUUUGAUGAAACUUACUUGAAUAAAACUGUGUGAUAUUGUA